AUGUCUCGCACCGACACUGACACGGUCGUCCUCCGCUCGUUCGAAGACGCGAUGAACACGCUCGCCAAGGAGACCCACCGCGCACUGCUCGAGGCCUCCGCCAGCGCCGCGAACCUCGAGCGGCUCCAGGAGCACCUGCUCACCAUCCACGAGAUCUGCGCGCGGGAGGGCGUCGCGCUGAGCGAGGCGCACGCGGAGCUGCUCUCCGAGCUGUGGACGGUCCUCGGCGGGAACCGCAGCGCGCGCCGCAAGAGCACGAUGCACCUCACGCUCCUGAAGGAGAUUGGCCGCUACCGCAAGGAGGCCCUCGCGCAUGUGAUCGUUACGCGCGACGCGCUCCAGGCGGUCGCGGCGGACGUGGAGGAGCUCAGGGAGCGCGCGGCCGCGCCUGCGAUCGUGGGCGAGCGCGUGCCCGCGCAGGUGUUGAUACAAAGCAUUGGCAACGGAAUUGAGAGAUUGAAGGAGGGGCGCCAGAGGGCGAGCGAGAGACAGCAGGCGUUAAUGGACAGGCUGCUGGCGUCGCCGGGCGAUGUGUUGGGGAUUGAAGUUGAUUGA